UACACAAUCGGCAAACAAACAGGUCGUGACUUCUCCCAAAUUUCUUUUCACUUUCCUCCCACAAAAGCAUUCAUACUUCCAUCAAUGCCCUCAACUUCUGCCUUUCCAUAUUUUCCAAGCAGACACGAAAUUCGUCGACAUUUGUAUACGCAGUCCCCAAUAAGAGAAGAAAAUCCGCAGCUCCCUUCAAUUUUCUACUCUAUGCCGCCCUUGCCGUAAUCUCUCCUCCACCUCGUCCUCUCCCUUCAGAUUCCAGUAACUGCGCCGCCCCAUAUUCUCAACGAAGCCCCCAAUGCAUUAGAGAUCGGACGUGGUUCGGGAACAGGAGAGCUGGGUGCCCGUACAGCGGUGAGGGAGGGGAGCGUACGUAUCCCACCGGCACGCGGCCGCGUUGCAGGGUGUACGCGCGCACGGGCCCUUUUCUGGUGCGCGCUCUCAAUGCGCUCUUGAUAUCCCGGGGUACUCCUCGAUCGGCAUCCGCUUCUGCUUCGGUUGCGGGCGGCUCAGCUGCUGCUGCGCAGCGGGAAGAGCGGCGAAAGGUGGCAUUUUGAUCCGGUUAUCCGCGGGCUCUAUCCGUUGCGAAGCCGCCGCGAUCCUUGGGAGUGGUAAAAGUUUCCACCUUUAUGCUCCGGAUCGGUUUCCUUGGGGCAAUCGCGUUUGGCCUCAGGUUUCGGCGCCAUUAGUGUGCAAGUUCAAGGAUUCUUGAGAAGCCCUGAAUGUGACUGCCUGAUUCUCCACCAACCUCUUCAAAAUUCGACUGCAAAUGGGCCAAGGAGUUGCGGUGAUUCCUGGUUUGAAGACUUCUGGAGGUGUUUCGAGCGACAGAUUCCUUUUCUCCUCCUCCAAAUUUUAUUUCAACAUGUGGUUUCUAUGGAUCCAGAUUUCGAAAGUUGGAAUUUGAUCAUCUUUGGUAGUGCUUCUUGGCUUCCUUAUUUGCUAUUAUGGAGGACCAGAACUCAUGGCUUAGGAGGACAAAUUACUCUCGCACUAUCUACACGAGGGUGGAUCCUCGCUGGGUAGCUAUUGCUCCACUUGGCAAGGAUGUUGAGAGGAGACUGCAGGUUGCUCCACUUGCCAAUGAUGUUGAGAGGAAACUGCAGAAAUUUGUGAGUGCGGGAAAGUCUCUGUCGAUGCCCGUUGAUCGGGACGAUGAAGAUACAGGGGCUGCAUUCAAGCACUCUGCUAGCUUGCCGCUAGUUCGAUCCUCGCUUCAGCUUGAUAGGGACAAGGCCAAUAAGGCGAAGAGGGCAUGUUUGGAGAUUCCUUCAAGCCCCUCACUGAACUCGGAGAAUACCAAGGGUCCAAGGGCAAGGAGCCUGGUCAAGAGCCCAAGUUCGAUGAUGCUCCUCAGCUACUUGAACAAGGCACCCUCGAAUCAAGGUUCUAGUCCACAAAAGGCUGUUGGACCUCAGCACAGGCAGAGAUCAAAGUCCCCCUUUCCCAGUAUUGUGCCUUCGGAAGUGUUCAGGGAAGCAAGGUCUAGCAGCCAGAGGUUUGCAAUCACUCCUCCACAGCGAAGAGGAUCUGAAAAGAGCAUCUAUAGCAAGUCAUAUUUUAUGCAAGUGCCUGAUAUGGGUCAAAGUCCUGAUUGGUGUUCAACUCCAGUGGUGUCUGGUAAGCACAAGUCUCAAAAGGAUAAUUCUUGGACAAGGAAAUACAAUGGUGGAAGGAGGGUUAGCGCAGUGGACACUACUGAUGAUCGGAGGGUGCAGAGGGUUAGAAUGAAUCAAGCGGUGCAGACGACAGUCGAUUGGACACUAGAUUCAUCCAAGCUGCUUGUUGGGCAACGGUUUGCUAGUGGGGCAUAUAGCCGGCUGUACAGAGGGUUCUAUGAUGAUAAACCAGUUGCAAUUAAAUUUAUCCGCAAACCUGAUGAUGACGACAAUGGGAAGAUGGCUGCAAAAAUUGAAAAACAGUAUAACAGUGAGAUCAAUUCUCUAUCCCACUUGUACCACAAGAAUGUGAUCAAGCUAGUAGCAGCCUAUAAAUGCCCACCAGUUUUUUACAUUAUUACUGAGUUCCUUCCUGGAGGCUCCUUGAGGUCAUACCUAAAUAGCACAGAGCGCCACCCCAUCCCUCUGGAGAAGAUCGUAUCCGUUGCGCUCGAUGUUGCCCGUGGGAUGGAGUACAUACACUCUCAAGGGGUGGUCCACCGUGACAUUAAGCCUGAGAACAUCCUCUUUGAUGAGAACUUCUGUAUGAAGAUUGCUGAUUUUGGUAUUGCCUGUGAGGAGACUUUGUGUGAUGUGCUAGUGGAGGAUGAGGGCACUUAUAGGUGGAUGGCUCCUGAGAUGAUCAAGCAAAAGGCAUACAACCGGAAGGUGGAUGUCUACAGCUUUGGAUUGCUCCUUUGGGAAAUGGUGUCCGGAAGAAUUCCUCAUGAAAACUUGACCCCUUUCCAGGUGGCUUAUGCUGUUGCAAAUAGGAACCUGAGGCCAACAAUUCCUCCAGAAUGUCCAUCGGCCCUAAGACCCUUGAUUGAGCAGUGUUGCGAAUUGCACCCUGACAAGAGGCCUGACUUCUGGCAGAUUGUGAAAGUCCUGGAACAGUUCCACUCUGUUCUCUUGCAGGGCGGCUGCCUCGACACACUGAAGAGUGGCACCUGCCAGGAUCAGAAGAAGCGGUUCCUGCAUUGGUUUCAGCAACUGAAACCAUCACAUAGCACCUGAGUUCUUGUAGCAUAUUUGCAGCCGUAGUUUUAUCCGGUUGGGUAUGCUCAUUAGUUUAGCGAAAGCUUUACUGUUUGCUCUUUGAAGAGAAAGGAUCAUUUGCUUUAAGGAACCCGUGUUCUAGGAUGCUUGUAGCUGUUUUUCUGUGGUCUGGAAAUAGCUUUUACGGUAGUUGUAUUUGCUACUGCUUUUGCAGUUUGUCUUCUCUUGUUAAAUUACCUGCAGGUUAUUCAGAUGCUGUAUAGCCUCUUGUUAAAAAGAAAAGGCAUCUUUGUUAA